UGUUUUUGUUCGAGCACUGAAAAUCUUUGAGUUGCUUUCGACUUUUUCUAUUCUUGACUUCGAUUCACUGCUUAUUAAUGGUUUGAACAAUGGAGAACCGAAACAAGGUAGUGACGAUUAAAGAAGCAGUUUUGACGAAAUACAGUGACGAUGGAUUCGAGGUGAACAACUUUAAUCACAUCAGUUUUUCCCCAAAACGAAAAGCAAGUCUCAGUCAAGCACUCGAUCUGUCAAAAAGAACCAUUCUUGCACUAGACGACUGUGAUAUCUCGUGUGUAGGAAAUCCUGAAGACAUAUUACAGCUUUGUCCAAAUCUUGRGGAGCUUGAUUUGACAAAUAAUCAUAUAUCUAAUUGGCAAGAGGUGUUACCCAUUAUAUCUCAACUGGAUCAACUGAGAGUUCUUAAUCUAUCUGGCAACCCUCUUGGUACUGAUGAAAAUGAUGAGCCAUCACUUGAAGGUCUUGAUAAAUCCACUUCAAUCAAGAAACUUAUACUCAACAACACUGGAGUGACACUGACGUUUGUGUACUCAUUGUUGGAAUGCCUAACAGGAGUGGAUGAGCUUUUCCUUAGUCUAAACGGAUAUUCUGGUAUUCCAACCACUGAUAAGACCUUCCCAAACAUCACAAAUCUCUACCUUAAUGAACACUGCAUGAAAGAAUGGAACCAGAUCAUGGCCAUUGGGAAAAUCUUUCCUCAACUAGAACAGCUCACAAUGACAGAUUGUCCCCUGGAAAUGGUGCUACCUGAWAAAGCUGGUGAGCACUUCCCAAAACUCAAAGUACUACGCCUGAACAAGACUGCUAUUUGUGAUUGGAGUAGYAUUGAUGCUUUAAAUGCAUUUCCAUCUCUUAUGGAUGUUAAGUUUAUUGGCAUACCAUUGCUGGAAGAUGACAGAGAAGAGACUCGCCAACUUGCGCUUGCAMGAUUACCCAAUGUUACAAAGAUUAAUGGAGCAAGAGUAGGUGAAAAGGAAAGAGAAGAUGCUGAACGGUUUUUCAUUCGUUAUCACAUGGAUGAUGCAAAUCCCCCCAAACGUUACCAAGAGUUGAUUAAAGUUCAUGGUGUACUUGAUAGACUAGCUGAGGUCAACUUAGGCCCUCCUACAUCGGUCAAGCUUUCUAUCAUCUAUGAAAACCAGUCUCCAUUAGUAAGAGAUGUACAUUUGAAACAGACAACAAGAGAUUUCAAAAAAUAUCUCAGUAAUGAAUUGAGUCUUCCAACAUCCAAGAUGAGAAUCUAUUAUCAUGAUAUUGAUACUUUAUAUGGACCAGAGGAGAUGAAAUAUUUGGACAGAACCUUGAGUCGUUAUAAUAUGGUGGAUGGCGAUGAGAUAUUAAUCUAUAACAAAGACUUGGAUCGAUAGCUUAAUGUUCAGUCAAUAUUUGAGUUGUUUGCAGGGUGAUGUUCAGCUAAUAAACAUUAAUUUUUGUAUUUUUUUCUGGAAUGAAGAGUUAUAAAAAGUCAUAUUUUUCUUUCUUAUAUGUGAUGGUCCAGCUGUAGGUUAUAUAUAUGGACUGGGCCUGUUUGAAUGAAUUUAUUUGCUUAAAAUGUUUCACUUGGGAAUAAUCUUUAUAAAACUGUACAUAAAGAAAUUUAAAGCUAAUUAUUAAUAAAUAAUUGUGCAUUACUUAUGUUUUAUUCAAUAUUGUGUAAAUAGUUCCAUUUGUGAAAAAUAAACAACACAUUGUUCUAA